UGUGGAACCAAGGUGAAAGCACGUACACUGAGCACUGAGUGAUCUUCAACGGAUCAUCUCGGCGCAGCCUCGUCUACGAAAUUCAUUCACGGUGACGAAGAGGAGGUCGGUCGGUCGGUCGGGAAACGAAAUCAUCGCCGAGUGUUCGUUGGAACGCACGAUAUAUCAUGCGUGUUUGCCGUGGAGUCCAGCGAAACGCGUGGUGUACGGUGAUGUUCCAUCGAUGUGAGAGAAGAAACGUAACCGUGGUUCCUGCUCAUUGAACGACACUCGCGUAGCGCGAACGAGCGAAUGGGAAAAUGUCGUUGCACACGUGUCGAGGUGACACCUUGAUCUUGACCCUGAUCGUGAUCUUUCACAUAUCGGUGCCAGGCAGAAGCUAUGAAUUUCGACGGCAAUCUAGUGCAAUAGCGCCAGGUGGCUCUACCGUGAGUAUCGACUCACUGGUUACAUCGAACUGUAAUGAAGCGAGUAAUUCGCAAACUCGCAACGGGAGAUUUUUGUUCGACGAUUUAUUCGGCAUUGACGUCACGGGCGGUGACGCGGACGAGGAGAGGCUGAGAAAUUGCACAUGCGAGUGCGGACUAUCCAAUCAAGAAAAUCGGAUUGUCGGUGGACGUCCUACUACACCGAAUAGAUAUCCUUGGAUUGCGAGAAUUGUGUACGAUGGUCGUUUCCACUGCGGCGCUAGUCUGCUUAACAAUGAUUACGUAAUCACCGCUGCCCAUUGCGUACGAAGGCUGAAGCGGUCAAAGAUUCGUGUGGUACUCGGCGAUUACGACCAGUAUGUGAAUACCGACGGGAUUGCCAUAAUGAGAGCAGUAAGCGCCGUGAUACGCCACAAGAACUUUGACAUGAAUUCUUACAAUCACGACGUAGCGUUGCUGAGACUCCGUAAAUCCGUCCAGUUCUCCAAGACAGUUCGUCCGGUCUGCCUACCUCAGCCAGACGCCGAUCCCGCCGGGAAAGAAGGAACGGUGGUGGGAUGGGGCCGAACGUCGGAAGGAGGCAUGCUGCCUGGGAAGGUGCAAGAGGUGCAAGUGCCGAUUUACAGUUUGACACAGUGCCGGAAGAUGAAAUACCGAGCGAAUCGGAUCACCGAGAACAUGAUCUGCGCCGGUCGAGGCAACCAAGAUUCCUGUCAAGGGGACAGCGGCGGUCCGCUUCUCGUCGUGGAAGCCGAUAAACUUGAAAUAGCAGGUAUCGUGUCCUGGGGUGUGGGAUGCGGUAGACCCGGUUAUCCUGGAGUCUAUACCAGGGUAUCCCGGUACCUGAAAUGGAUUCACGCAAACAUGAGAGAAGGCUGUUUGUGCGCCGGCACGUUCAGCGACAAAAUGAAAAACUUUUUCGGACUUUUCGGCAAUAAGCCACCUUCCUCUGACGAGCCACCUGCGCCAUGCUAUUGUAGUUGCGGGCUACGGAACGAAGAAAGUCGCAUAGUCGGAGGCCAAACGACGAGUAUGAAUGAAUUUCCAUGGAUGGCUAGAUUAUCAUACCUAAACAAGUUUUAUUGCGGAGGCACGCUUAUAAACGAUCGCUACGUGCUGACAGCCGCACACUGUGUAAAAGGUCUUAUUUUCAGAUUCAUGUGGUUCAUGAUUAAGGUCACGUUUGGGGAACACGACAGAUGUAUCGAGAAAGGAGCGGAAACUCGAUAUGUGGUGCGCAUCAUGACCGGUGACUUCAGCUUCCUGAAUUUCGACAAUGACAUUGCUCUUCUCCGUCUGAAUGAGAGAGUGCCAUUGAGUGACACGAUACGACCGAUAUGCUUGCCCUCAGUAUUAGAUACUCAGUACAUAGGGACAAAUGCGAUCGCGUCGGGUUGGGGCACAUUGCAAGAGGACGGCAAACCGUCUUGCCUCCUUCAGGAAGUGGAAGUACCGGUCAUGAGUCUCCAGGAAUGCCGCAACACCAGCUACAGUCCCCGAAUGAUUUCGGACAACAUGUUGUGCGCAGGUUACCCGGAAGGAAAGAAAGACUCGUGUCAGGGGGACAGUGGCGGACCUUUGAUAGCAGAGCGCGAAGAUAAAAAGUACGAGCUCAUCGGCGUCGUGUCCUGGGGUAACGGAUGCGCGCGACCUGGAUAUCCAGGUGUCUACACGAGAGUCACGCGGUACAUGGAUUGGAUAUUAAAGAACUCAAAGGAAGGCUGCUUCUGCGAGCAAAACUGAAUGUGAUUAUACGGCGCCUCGUAAUGGAACAUACGACACAGAAGUGGAGUCUGUACGUACUGUUGUAAAAUACGUUCUGAAAUCGCGUCAUAGUCGGUUAGCGACUCGAGCGAUAUUGCGCCCGAUUUAAGACCGACCGACGCGUAAAUUCUUUGAGUUUCUUCGUACGAUAUCAAUUUAUUAUUAUUAUUAGGUACAUUGUUAUUAUCUACUGUUAUUUAAUAUCUGUUAAGUGGUAGGAUAUCAAUCGAUAAACGAAUAGCUUAAAAAUGACACCACCAGAAGGAAUAUAACGACGUUAGGUUAUCGGGAAAAGGAAGUUUGUAGAAACGAUAAUGCACCGUACAAUAUUUCGGUAUUGCUCAAACAUAGCCAAAGGCUAAAGACAAUCAAAUUAGAUAUAGCGAGAUCAAGAUUGUAGACUUAAGCUACCAGUGUCAUACUCUUUUUUUAUAAAAA